CAAAAGCAUACGAGAAGGGAGAAUAGGCAGAGCAUCUAAUACUGCGCCAACAACGACCAGUCCAAAUCAAACAUUGUCCUUUCGGUUCUUUCUUUCCAAAGGAGGAGAAGGGGAGGGGUCCCUCUAUUAAGAAUUUAUUUCUUCUUCUCAUCCUCGUUUUCAGAAGGAUUUGUUCCUUCUCUUUGCUUUGUCUCCAAGCCAUCAUCUCAAGCCCUUCUUCUAUGGGGAUUUGUAUCUUCAAUUUCAUCUCUGGACGCCCAUUUCGUGUUCCUGUAACCUUGGAAAUCUGAUAAGCGUUUCAGGGGAAAUAACAGGCUGAAUAAGUUCUCUGCUUUGGAAUAUUUACAAAGCUACCAACUUCAAAAGCUUUGACGAAAUGGAAGAAAAGCCGUUCGCAGCAUGGUCAUGGCCAGUCGAGCAAUGUCUGAAAGAAUACAACGUAACGCUAGACAAGGGUCUAACCACUGAUGAGGUCCACAACCGCCGUCAAAAGCAUGGUUGGAACGAGCUUGCCAAAGAGAAAGGCAAGCCCUUGUGGCAUCUUGUCUUGGAACAGUUCGACGAUACCCUCGUGAAGAUUCUCCUGGGCGCCGCUUUCAUAUCCUUCAUCUUAGCCUUCACAAACGGAAACGAAUCUGGAGAAUCAUGGUUCGAGGCAUUUGUCGAGCCCCUUGUCAUUGUCUUGAUUCUGAUUCUUAACGCUGUGGUGGGUGUGUGGCAAGAGAGCAACGCCGAGAAAGCCCUCGAGGCUCUUAAAGAGAUGCAAUGUGAAUCCGCUAAGGUUGUAAGAGAUGGGUUGGUCUUACCUGACUUGCCCGCCAGAGAGCUUGUCCCUGGGGAUAUAGUGGAGUUGCAUAUAGGGGAUAAAGUCCCCGCUGACAUGAGAGUUGCUGCCUUGAAGACAUCGACUUUGAGGGUGGAGCAAAGCUCCUUGACUGGAGAGGCAAUGCCUGUCCUAAAAGGAUCCAAUCUUGUUGUCAUGGAUGAUUGCGAGUUACAAGCCAAGGAGAACAUGGUUUUUGCAGGAACAACGGUCGUAAACGGGAGCUGUAUAUGCGUUGUUACGAGCACUGGGAUGGAUACUGAGAUGGGGAAGAUUCAGAAGCAAAUUCAAGAGGCUUCUCUGGAGGAGAGUGAUACACCAUUAAAGAGGAAGCUUGACGAGUUUGGGAACAGAUUAACAGUGGUUAUCUGCAUUGUCUGUCUUGUCGUGUGGAUUAUAAACUAUAAUAACUUCCUCUCGUGGGAUAUAGUGGACGGAAGACUCGUAAACUUGAGGUUUUCCUUCCAGAAAUGCACAUAUUACUUCAAGAUUUCAGUUGCUCUUGCAGUGGCUGCAAUCCCUGAGGGUCUUCCUGCAGUGAUCACUACUUGCUUGGCUUUGGGGACUAGGAAAAUGGCACAGAAGAAUGCAAUUGUCAGAAAGCUUCCCAGUGUUGAAACGCUCGGCUGCACAACCGUGAUAUGUUCAGACAAGACAGGAACUCUGACAACAAACCAGAUGUCGGUGACAGAGUUUGUCACAUUAGGCGGCAAGACUACCUCUUCUCGUGUCUUUCGUGUUGAUGGAACUACUUAUGAUCCCAAGGAUGGUGGAAUCAUGGACUGGGAUUGUUACAACAUGGAUGCUAACUUGCAGGCUGUGGCUGAGAUAUCUGCACUUUGCAAUGAUGCCGGGAUAUUCUACGAUGGAAAGCUAUUCCGGGCAACGGGUUUGCCUACAGAAGCAGCCUUGAAAGUGCUUGUUGAAAAGAUGGGCAUUCCCGGGAAGAAGAGGAACGAAAGCCAGCAAACUUCAAACCAUUCAGACAAUGGCACUUCGCUGAAGCUAGGUUGCUGUGAAUGGUGGAUCAGAAGAUCGAAAAAGGUUGCUACCUUGGAAUUUGACCGUAUCCGUAAAUCAAUGAGUGUUAUUGUCAGCGAACCCACGGGGCAUAAUCGGCUUCUUGUCAAGGGUGCGACCGAGAGUGUGUUGGAGAGAAGUUCUUAUGUACAACUUGCCGACGGAUCGAUCGUACCUUUGGAUGAAUCUUGCAGGGAAGUAAUCCUCACGAGACAUUCGGAGAUGACUUCAAAGGGUUUAAGAUGCUUAGGAUUGGCCUACAAAGACGAGUUGGGAGAGUUGUCUGAUUACUCUUCUGAAGACCAUCCUUCUCACAAAAAGCUUCUUGACCCUUCUUGCUAUUCCUCCAUAGAGACUGACUCAGUCUUUGUUGGAGUUGUCGGUCUCAGGGAUCCUCCUCGGGAAGAAGUUGGUAGAGCCAUUGAAGAUUGCAGAGAGGCCGGGAUUAAAGUGAUGGUGAUAACCGGGGAUAACAAAUCGACGGCCGAGGCUAUCUGCCAAGAGAUUGGAUUAUUCUCGGAGUCUGAGGAUGUUUCAGUGAAAAGCUUCACCGGAAAAGAGUUCAUGGCUCUUCCUACAUCACGACAAGUGGAAGUGCUUUCGGACCCGGGAGGGAAAGUCUUCUCAAGAGCUGAGCCGAGACACAAGCAAGAGAUAGUGAGAAUUCUCAAGGAAAUGGGAGAAGUUGUUGCAAUGACGGGCGAUGGCGUAAAUGACGCUCCUGCUCUGAAACUUGCUGAUAUUGGGAUUGCAAUGGGAAUCACCGGAACCGAGGUUGCGAAAGAAGCAUCGGAUAUGGUUCUUGCAGAUGACAAUUUCAGCACAAUCGUUGCAGCGGUAGCCGAGGGUCGGUCCAUUUACAAUAAUAUGAAAGCUUUCAUCAGGUAUAUGAUAUCAUCGAAUGUAGGAGAGGUUAUCUCAAUUUUCUUGACCGCGGCACUCGGGAUACCAGAGUGUAUGAUUCCGGUUCAGCUCCUUUGGGUGAAUCUGGUGACGGAUGGCCCUCCAGCCACGGCCCUCGGAUUCAACCCGGCAGACAUCGAUAUCAUGAAGAAAGCUCCUCGUAAAAGUGAUGAUUCCCUCAUCAGCUCAUGGGUUCUUCUCCGUUACCUGGUGGUCGGAUCCUACGUCGGGAUUGCGACAGUCGGGAUCUUUGUCUUGUGGUACACUCGAGCAUCGAUCCUUGGGAUCAGCCUCAUCUCAGACGGGCACACAAUCGUCGGCUUCUCUCAGCUUCAGAACUGGGCCGAGUGCCCUUCAUGGUCUUCUGCAAACUUCACCGUUUCGCCGUACACAGUCGCGGGGGGUCGUAGAACCAUAACUUUCCAGAGCCCGUGCGAGUAUUUCACGGUGGGGAAGGUGAAGCCGAUGACGCUGUCGCUGUCGGUUCUGGUGGCGAUCGAGAUGUUCAACUCGCUGAACGCGCUGUCUGAAGACAACAGCUUGCUGAAGAUGCCGCCAUGGAGGAACCCUUGGCUUCUGGUGGCAAUGGCCGUCUCCUUCGGGCUCCACUGUGUCAUUCUCUACGUCCCAUUCCUGGCCAAUGUCUUUGGGAUUGUCCCUUUGAGUUUCAAGGAAUGGUCUGUGGUCCUAUUGGUUUCUUUUCCGGUGGUUCUGAUCGAUGAGGCGCUCAAGUGCAUUUGGAGAUGCAGAAGGAGAAGAGGAAGGUACGUCAAGAGUGAAUUUAAGAAGACCAAGGCACUGUAAUCUGCGAGAUUUGUUGUCAAAAUCACAUGUAAUUCUUUGAAACAAAAAUGUUAAAUUCGCUUCAUUUUCCUAAUGGAAGUGCAUGUGAAGCAACAAAUCUUAUUGGAAUCCAGACGGUGGUAAGAGAAACCAUUCGUUCUUUUUUUUUU